UAGAUCAAACUUUCAAUGAGCGCUCUCUUGACGCCAUUGAACUAUGAUGAACUAGAAAUCUUGUCGUUUUAUCUUUCUUUUCAUCAUAAACAGUGACUGAUUUAUGAAAUAACAAAGAUUUCCUACUUCAUAAAUCAGCUGCUAUUUACGAUGAAAAAGGAAUUAAAGACUUUAAAAACCAGAUGAAAUAAGUGAUGUAUAGUUGAAUUCGAAGAGGUUUCAGAAAUGAAAAUUAUGUCCAAAAUUAAGAUGAUCAAGGGACAACAUGGCGGCCUUCGUCGCCAAGCAGAUGAUGGGCAGCAAACUGAAUGCAGUUAAAGGCCAGAUGGCAGGAGAAGCAGAAACGCCAGAGGAUAGGGAAGCAGCAGCAGAAGAGGAGCAAGAGAGGCUAGAAGCUUUGCGAGAGGCCGAAGAGCGAAGGAAAGAAAAGCAUAAGCGAAUGGAGGAGGAACGAGAGAAAAUGCGCCAGAGCAUUCGUGACAAAUAUGGCAUCAAGAAAAAAGAAGAGGAAGAAGAGGAGGAAGUAAUUCCUGAAGGUACCAGUCUAAAUCGGAAGAAGAAAACUCCUGCUGAAAUAGAAGCAGAGGAUCUUGAUGAUUUUACACGUUGGAAGAACAGCAUCGAAGCUCAGCUCGGGGAGAUCAGACAAACAUUAGAGAGCAAAUGCGUAUUACAGUGAUGGAGCAACGAAUCAAGUGCCCUCUUUUCCUCUUUACAAUUCACUCGUCUAGUCUCAAUGCAUUCAGCUCUCGAAGGAGUCAUAUUUUUUUAUCCAUUGGCUCAACGUUCAAUCGGAACAGUCGACGUGAAUGUUAAUGUCUCUUUGCACUGCCUUACACCAAAAUUUCAAGUGUGAACCUUCCAUUUUCAUAACUCACUUGAUAUUGUUUCGUGUUGUGCUGGUGAUUCGAGAAAUGUGAAUUUAGAUGUAAUACAAAACUGUGAAAGCUUCUAUAGAUGUUUCCCAGAUGCUGCAUAAUCAAUACGUAGUUACCGAAGAUGUAAUUGUGGAACUAGAAACGAGACUGUACGAGUUGAACUGUAUCUGAAUUGAUUUCCCUAAAUGUGCAGCUAUUGUUGGCUGUAGACAGAGCUAACCUUUGCUUCAGAAAAUAGUUUAGGCAUGUUUUGAUGAGAAAAAGUAAACCCAACUUUUUGAAAUUUGUGCAGUCGAGGAGCUUCCUACAUUCCCUUUCGUAUUGGCCGAAAAUGUUGCAAAGAAGACUCAAAAGAAGAAACAUUUUACAAAGCCUUAUUAUUUCAAUACAACGUAAAAUUAACAACGAUGCAUCAUAAAUUUCAAUAAAAAUGACACGCUUCAGGUUAUGACAAAGGAACGGUCUCAAGUAAUUGUUAUAAGUUCGAGGUAUUAGAAAACCAAGAAACUGUAAGCACACUGAAAUUAUCAGUGAUAAAGGCUAAAGCAUUUGUUUUCAGUUUUCCACUGAAAUAACAUUAUUCAUCAUCUCUUAUUUGUGCCUCAUAUUAGAGCCUAUUUUUCUACCUCCGUAUUCAUUUAGUAACAAACGAUAACCAAACAUAUCAUAUCCCUUGCAAUUAUCACCUGUGUGCCAGGCAAGUCCUUUUAGACCAGACUACAAUAAUAAAUGGUAGGUCAGAUGAAUGUGAAACUAUCUCUUUGAAUGACUGACUGGUGCCGAUUUAGCUUCGACAGCAGUUAAACAGUUGAAAUGUCUGGUUUAAAUUUUAUCCCUAUCACUUUAUUUAAACGCGUAACAAGCAGUGGAAAUUUUCUGGCUUCAUGAUCGAUGACAAAGAUUUUCGCACAAGUUUACUACACACGUCGACUAAUAAAAAUAAAAGUAAUAAAAAGUCAAGAACGAAAAUGACUCAUAUCAUUCAAGAACUUUUCAUAAUUCUGUUAUUGAGAGAAUUUUCUGAUUCACUAUACAAAGUAAUAAUUAUAAUAACAAUUAAAAAACUUUCUAAAGGAGUGAUAUUUUUUUAUCGGAACUUCAAAAGAACUUAAAAUAUUAUAUCCUAGAUUAGUGGUUCAGAACUUCUGUUAUCAAAUACAUGAUCUGAAUAGAAUUCAGUCCCAAAAGAGUUUUUAAUAUUUCGUAAUGUAAAUAAGUAAAGAAAAAGAUUUUUUCUUGAAUUUGCUGCGAUUUAUUAGUUAAAACAAACUUUUAUAUCAGUCGUAUUUUUGAUAACCAAAAAGUCGUUUCUUUUCUAUCUUAUACAUAUAAUUCUACUUAAGCACUUAGUUUCGGUACUCCCGUAUUUACCGGUUCCUCCAAUAAUCCACCUUUUGGCGAUGACAUAUAGUUUCGAUGGCAGCAGAUCGAUUAAAUAGGUUUUUCGCUUUUCGGCGGGUACUGUUAGGUUGUCACUUUUAGACUCGCUUCAGAGUAUUAUAUGAACUCAGUUUAUUAAGAAGGCAUCGGCUGUUGUUGACGUGAUAUUUCAAUUGUAUUUAUUCCAUCAUGUACAAUUUUACUGCAUGGAAAGCUUCUGCUUCAUUUCUCCCCUAAUUUAGCAUAAAAUACAGUUAAAAUUAACACAAGAUAGACAAACAUUAUCUGGAGGAUCUUUCCCGAGGAAAGGUUAGGAACAAAAUGCAAUGCAGAUGUGCGCUUGCUCUAAUUAUUGUAAAGUUGACGUUGAAAUAAACCAAAUUAUAUAAAAAAAAAAAAAAAAAAAAAAAAAAAAAAAAAAAAAAACCACUCAACCCCCAGCCUUCUUUAGAGGAAAAGAAGAACACUAAGAAGGGAGGAACAUUAGAAAAAUUAUCUUUCUCGAAGAGUUCCGGAUAGCUUCUAGGGCUAUCGAACGAUCGCAGGAAUUUAAUGAGAGAUGGUAGUUUAGCCGAUAUACCGGCUAAUAUACUCGUAUCGUAAUUUAAUUUAAAUGAUCGUCCAAUUGAUGACGUAUAGGGAUGUACCUGUAAAAUAAGUACUUUGGUAAUGUAUUCCUUACUGUAAUUUUUGACUUGAAUUUUUGCGCAUAUAGUUAAUAUACGUAUUCUGCGUUUAUGUAUUAUGAAAGGUCAAAUACUGAUGAUUUAUUAUUGGAAAUAGCUAUAGCUAAAUUAGGAUCCACAAUUAACCAAACUAUUCAGUUGUUUUGUUAACCGAUAGCACAGGGCCUUCUUGAAACCAUCCAUGUUCGUAAUCCAUUCGAGGUUUUGAUAUCAUUAUUGCUUCAAAAUAACUUUCAAUCUUUGAUAUAACAAGCUGAGAAAAACUGAGUUGCUGUGAUUCACAGCCAUCAUUUUAACGUCAAACUGAAUUUGUUUCAGUUGCUUGAAAUUCAAGUUCAUCAAACUUUUUUGUCAUUUUUGACCCUUGUCUUUAAAUGGCACAUAUAUGAAAAAUUUAAAUUAUAACUUCUGUUUUGGAGUUUUCUGUUAGUUUGUUUCCCUCACGUUUUUGCUUUUCAAAGCAAGAGAUAGCCGUUUUUAAGAGGUUAAACGCUACGAAGUUUUUGCAUUUGUACGAAAUGAGGAUUAGGAAAUAAAUGACUUCCAGUUUGGUUAGCCUGGUUUCUUCAACUGGACACCCUAGCUAUCAUAAAAUUAAUUUAUAUCGCUUUGAACUUAACUUUACAGGCCACCGUUUUGCAAAAGCUUUGGUAUUUAUCCAAAAUAAAACUGAAUGUAAGUUCCGAAACACCGAAUUACCUUUUGUUACUUAUGAGACAAUGAGAAUUGUUAAUCAUUAGCAAUAUCAGUUUGUAAAAGUUAAUCUCAUGUUGCGAAACGCAGUGUCACUCAACAAGAUGUGGCACACAGUGUGACACCAUGUGACACAACAAGUAUUUCCUAUAUUGCUUCGUAGUUUUUGUUUUAUUUUCUUUGUUAAAAAACUCUAGGAAUCUAGUUUUCUUUGAAAUUUUGUUUCUUUUUCGUUUAACAUACUAUAUUAUUGUUUAAGAUUACAUAUCAAACAAGCAACCGUAAUUUUAUUUGAACGAUUUAAAAAUUAUAAUGUAUUCUUAAGACAGAAAUUUCAGAUCCACUAUUCUAGUAAGUCAUAUUUGAGUUGCAAUCGACUUUUAAAAUUUGUUAAAAAGUAAAUGGAUUAUUAAAAACGAAAAUCAUAAUGUGCACGCUCAGCUGAAAGAUUUGUUUACUUUUAUCUAUGUGUAGCACAAAUAUUGAAGAAAACGAAUUUGCAAGCCUUGUACUAAGAAUAUGAAGAGAAGAUGGAUUCCAAGAACUGUGAAGAAGGCAAUUCAAUAAGGAAUGCAUUAGAGGACAGAGAGCACUGCAUCUUUCAAAAUUUAUAAUUUAGGUUUUAAAAAAAUUGUAAUGGUCUCCGCUCAAUUUGUAAAACACUCUGUAAUUAAAUUUUGUGAAAAAUGUUUCUUAAUAUUUCUGACCAACGUAAA